GGCGUGGUGGGAGGAAGAGAUUACCGCCGGACGUCGCCUCCUGCUCCUCAUAAUCAUCAUCCUCCUCCGCCACCUGAUCGCUGAUGCGCGCCGCCGGUUAACAACACUGGCUCGCUCGCGAUUCGUCGUGAGCGGCCGCACCAACUCGCGUGCUCGCUCACCGCUGCUGCUGUCGACUGCGGCGAGUUUGUGGCCGGGAGGGACUUUAGCGGAACCUUGGAGGAGUUGAGGUGCCCCGAGUUUAAAUCUCGUUCGGAGGUUGCUGAGUUCAGGAGGUUUAAGCUCCGCGCGGGGAGGACUGGGGCGAGUACAUUGACGCGGCGAACCGCUUAGAGAGAGUCCCACCGCUCACAACUCACCACAGCGAGAAGGAGCUCUGGUGGAGGACGAUUCCAAGAGAGAGAUGAUGGGGACAGCGUGGGAAUAUGUCUUCGCCAUCACCGUCCUCACCACUCGGAUCUCCUUCGUGGUGCCGGGGGUUGGGGCCCCUCCCAUGAGUCACCCGCAUCUCGAGGCACGAGGACGACGCUUUCUGUGCGAUGCCGGCCUGUACCUGCGAGCAGAUGAGCUGGGGGCUGCGGGCCGUUGCGAGCCUUGCCCCGCGGGCACCUUCACCGCCUUCGCCAACACUCACAGCACGUGCCUGCCCUGCAGGCGCUGCGACAGCGUCCGUGGGUUCCGGGAGGCACAGCGGUGCACGGCGGAUGCGGACACGGAGUGCGAGUGCCAGGAGGGGAGGUUCUGCCCCAGCAGCCCCUGCCAGGAGGAGCUCUGCGUGCUCCACUUCGCGUGCCCGGCCGGCAUGGGGGUCACCAGCCUCGGUUCCGCCGUCUUGGACACAAAGUGCUUCGCGUGCCCUCCCGACUCCUUCUCCAACGAGACUUCGGCAACUCAGACGUGCCGACCCCACACGCGGUGCGACCGAGACGGGCGUCUGACCAUCGCCAACGGGACCUCCACGCGCGACAGCGAGUGCGGGGCCCGCACCCUGGCUCCCGCGAAGGAGGACGAGCCGCCUGGAGCAGUCAAGGUCGGCCACAUCCACUGGAUCGUUCCCCUCUCUGUGGCCAUCUUCAUCACGGUCUUCUUCGCCUGCUGCUUUGAUUACUACAAGCGGAGAGAGUCUCGACACAUAGAAUCCAACAACUACUUCCAAGCCAACGUGAUCCAAGUGGGGGACUGCAACAUGGUGGUGCACGACGAGAAGCAGUCGCUCGCCGACCACUAGAGGUCGAUCCACAACACGCACGCACAGCGGACGGCCACGCACAAAGCUGAGCGAGGAUUGCCUUUGCUCGUAAAUUAUAAUAAGAAUAAAAAGUGUUUUUUAUUUUUAUUGAGCAUUGUUCGGGACUGAUACACGUUAUGACGCACGUGCGCACCGUCAACACAAGCCAAAGCGGUUAUGAAAAGCGGGGAGAGGGGGGGAUAGAUAGAUGGGGAACAGGCUCGCUGCCCCAAACUCAUACCGUGUUAACCCAUACGGUUUACCCCGUAUUCUUGUACAGGCAAAUUGAGUUUUCAGGUCCAUACGGCGUACAGCCGUUUCAAUACGGGAAAAAAAAAUGGGACGAGGCUCAAAAGAAAGCCAUC